ACCGCGGAUUGGAACAAGAAAACUUUAACGCGUCUCGCGGUGGCCGUUGUGAUGGAGUUCACCAAGGAUCUUUGCACUCCAGCCCUCAUUGUUGACCUCGAUAAGGUGAAAAAAAAUGCUGGAGAGAUGCUGGAACGCUUCCAGAAGCUAGGGGUUCAGCUCCGUCCGCACAUGAAAACGCACAAAACGCUUGAGUGUGCUGACAUUAUGACAGGAGGAUCCAGACGCUGCAUUGUAGUGUCUACACUAGCCGAAGCCUCUUUCUACGCGGAUCAUGGUUAUGAUGACAUUCUGUAUGCUUACCCAUUGCCCUUCGAUAAGGUAGAACGUUGUGCCGAGCUAGCGGAGAGACUCACACUCUUCCACAUACUGCUGGACAACAGUGCUGCCCUGCAAGAACUGAAGAAGAGGCCACUGAAGAAUAGCAAAGUCUGGCAUGUUUGGAUGAAACUUGAUUGUGACAAUGGAAGAGCUGGUGUCCCUCAUUCAGACCCUUCAGCGCUGCAGCUCGCUCAGGACAUAUCUGAGACAGCAGGGGUGGAACUCACAGGGAUCUAUGCCCACUGUGGGAAUACCUACGGUUGUAAAGGGGAGGAGCAAAUCAAGGCGGUUGCCCAGGAAACCACAACAUUCACUUUGCAGUUUAUGGAGAAGUUAAAGUUAGCUGGAAUCCAAGGUCCCAAGUCCAGCAUUGGAUCCACUCCUUCCUGUAGCCACCCUGUACCUGAUAUGGCUAUGUUAAGUGAAGUGCAUCCUGGCAACUAUGUAUUUUAUGAUGUGCAGCAGUCUCUGAUUGGCUCUUGCAGACUGGAGGAUGUGGCAGUACGGGUGCUGACCAGGGUUAUAGGACACUAUCCACACAGGAACCAGCUACUUGUUGACUGUGGCUGGGCAGGACUGAGUCAUGAUGGGGGUGGUCGCCUGCCUACUGGCUAUGCCAUUAUUGAAGGACACCCAGAGCUGAAACUGCUUUCAAUGACUCAGGAGCAUGGCAGGGUGGAGACCAUCUCUGGUCAGCUGGACUUCAGUCAGUUCCCCAUGGGCACUGUCCUCUCCCUUAUGCCUUACCAUGCAUGUGCAACUGCUAUGAUGCACCCAGUUUACUUUGCCCAUUCUAAGGGGAAGAUUGUAGCCACAUGGAAACCCAUCCGCGGCUGGUGACUAAUCAUCCCUGGGAUUCCUUGCUGGGAUGCGGAACUUUCUGGCACAAGACGCUAUUGAAUUGAUGACCAUAUAAAAAUUAUUUUGCGCUUAGAUUUGUGCGUCUUAAAAUAGCUGCACUAUGAUAUUGGAAUGAGUGAUUGCCACUGAUUUGUGGUUUAAUAGAGGUGCUUUUAGAGAUUUAAAAAAAAAAGCACAGUAAGCCAUUUCCUAUUAUGUCUGUAAAUACAGUUGUUUCAUUCAAGAAUUAGAUAUUGUUCAAGUAAAUGUUGAUAUUUGUAUAAGGCUGGGAUCGUAUUUUGCUCACCAGAUGGCAGCAGAGUAUCCAUACAAGAGCACUUUCACCUCUCUGCAGCCAGAAUGUAAUUAAUGCUUAGAUUGUACCCCUAAUAACAACAUAGACAGUCGUCUGUUUUUAUUUUUUUUAUUCUUUUCAAAUAGAAAUGAUUGGGUGCAUAAUGUUCACUUGGGGGCUGAUGUCAGUGUGAAGUCUUGAACUCAGUCAUGUCUUAUAAUUUAUGCA